AUGACUCCCGAUGUUGUUCUUGUCAACUCCGAUCGUCCAUACGAUACAAAAGUUGACAUCUGGUCUUUGGGUGUUUGCAUUUUGAAAUUAUUGACUGGCAAAGCCGCGUGGAGCCGUAUUCGAGAUGAUGAGAUUAUGCUCCGAUUACGCAAAGGUGAGAAACCGUAUGGUUUUGAACGUAUGCGCAAGAAGGCCGAAUUUGGUUGGGAAGCUGUAGAUUUCUUGGAACAAUGCUUUGCAAAGAAUAGCGCUGUAACUAGUUCUGAUAAAACAAAGUGCGAUGUUAAAAAAGACGGUAUGGACGUGUCAACAUGGGUAGAUAAUAUGGAUCAGGAAGAUAUACUGGACGACGAGACUUUUAUUUUGCAACAGGGUUUCAAAGUCCCAACUCCAAUACAGCGUAAAACAAUCCCUUUAAUAAUGGAAGAAAAUGACGUAGUUGGCUAUUAUGGCUCGAGGCCAGAAGUUAUCGAUCCCGUUGCGACAAAACCUUCAGUUAGACUCGCGAUCAUAGAAAGUGGGCCAGCUGGGUUCUACACUGCUUAUCGCGUCAUGAAAGAUUACCCGUCCGCUUUGAUAGACAU